CUUUAAGACAAAACGAAAGUAAAAGUGCCACACAGGCAAGCUGCGUGUGCCUUCCUUGACGCACCUUCAAAUUUAACAUUUAUUUUUGUACUCUGUCGUCUAUUUUUUGUCUAAUCACAUCCAUUACGUGUCUAAUACAAUCAUCUUACCAAGGAUUGGUUUGUAUUGGAUUGUUUUUCGAUUUAUUAGGCUAUUCAACUUUUUUCGACGAAACAGCUCGGAAUCGCCCACAACAAUGAUUACCAUCGCUGAUUUACUCACGUAAUUCUAUAGGAGCUAAAUAGAUUAAGCAUGGGUGAGACCAGAUGAAGCAGCAUCUCCAGCACCCUCACACCUUUCUAUGGAAGUCAUCAGUCAAUGGAUCGGCCAGUUGUGUUCAGAAAUGCAGGAGAAAGUUAUAUUGGAGAGAAGGCGAGACCAGAUGAAGCCGCAUCUCCAGCACUCUCACUCCUGUCUGUAAAGAGUGAUCAGUCAAUGGAUAGACCCAUUGUGUUCAGAAAUGGACUGCAAAGUUAUAUGGGAGAGAAGCAUGAGGACCACAUGUCCCACAGGGCGAGACCAGCCGAAGCAGCAUCUCCAGCACUCUCACACCUGUCUGUAAAGAGUGAUCAGUCAAUGGAUAGACCCAUUGUGUUCAGAAAUGGAGCGCAAAGUUAUAUGGGAGAAAAGCAUGAGGACCACAUGUCCCACAGGGCGAGACCAGAUGAAGCCGCAUCUCCAGCACUCUCACUCCUGUCUGUAAAGAGUGAUCAGUCAAUGGAUAGACCCAUUGUGUUCAGAAAUGGACUGCAAAGUUAUAUGGGAGAGAAGCAUGAGGACCACAUGUCCCAGAGGGCGAGACCAGCCGAAGCAGCAUCUCCAGCACUCUCACACCUGUCUGCAAAGAGUGAUCAGUCAAUGGAUAGACCCAUUGUGUUCAAAAAUGGAGCGCAAAGUUAUGUGGGAGAUAAGUAUGAGGACCAGAUGUACCACAGGAAGAGACCAGCCGAAGCAGCAUCUCCAGCACUCUCACACCUGUCUGUAAAGAGUGAUCAGUCAAUGGAUAGACCCAUUGUGUUCAAAAAUGCAACAGAAAUUUACAUUGGUCAAAGACCAGAUGAAGCAGCAUCUCCGGUAACUUCAUACUUCUCUUUAAAAAGCAACCAAUCCAUGGAUCGACCGAUCGUAUUCAAAAACAGAACUCAGACUUAUCACACUGAACGGUAUGCAAAUUUGCAUUAUUUUAUCAGAUAUGCAUGUAAUUGUAGUGUGGUUGCAAUAUAAAAAUUCAGUAGUCACUACCAAUACCAGUAAAAUGUAAUGAUUCUCUACUAAUUUUAAUCAAAUGGUGUGAUCAGCUCCAACUGAACCUGCCUAGAAGUUUCUAUGAAUCGUUUACACCUUGAUUACCUGGAUCAGCUGAGUGUGUUUU